AUGGAGAGAGCCUCUUCUUCCUCCGACUCAUCAUCAUCAUCAUCAUCCAUGGCUGCUUCUUCUUCUUCUUCUUCUGAUCAGUCUAUCUCCAUCAAUUCCGACCAAACCACACCUUUCAUGACGUCAUCCAUGCUUUCCCGCACCACGUCAUCAUCCUCCUCUUCCUCCGCCGUGGGAGACUACAUCGGCACCGAGAGCUGCUUCGACAUCCUCUCCGCAGGCGAAGAAAACGACGUCGUCCCCGUGUCCGAGCCUUCACUCAGCCGGUAUCGUUACGGAGGAAGGAGAAGAGAGGAGAGAGAAGCGAGAGCUGCGGCGGCGCGUGAGUUUCCUCCGCCGAUACCUCUGCUCGCUCAGACCGAGAAUCUUCUCCCGCACAUGCCGUGGAUUAUGAAGCGUGUGGUGACGAGCGACGGGAGGCUAAUUCUGAGAGAAGAGAAAGUUCGUCAUCACGAGUAUUUCCGUGCGCAUAGAUCCAAUGGUCGUCUCACUCUCCACCUUGUUCCUCUAGACGACGACGUAUUCGAACUUCCUCGAGAGCCCUCUCAUUAUCCAUCUGAUGAGGAUGAUGAUGCUUCUGAUGAUGAGCUUGAGUGUGAUGAUGAUGUUGAUCACCAUCAAGAGGUAGGAGAUGAGUUGGAUGAUCUGGCGGAUAAUGUUGAUAAGAGUGUUGUUAUUUCUGCCACUAAUGAUGAUGAUGGUGUUAUCCAUAAUGAUGAUGAUGAUAAGCGCAAUGUGCAUGGUGGUAGUGAAGAUGGAUAUAGGAAGGUUAUAUUAGCGGCGGUGGCGGAAGAGACGGUGGUGGAGAGUGGAGGAAUGGUCGGAGGAGGAGGAUCGCCGAGAGGAAAGUGUUUGAAGUCUUGUUUUGUUGACAUGAGAGUUCGAGAGAUCAGACCAGUUCUUAGUUGA